ACCGAAACAAUAAUCGUUUCGAGGAAUUUUACCAGGUACCAGUACAUAUUGGUUCGCUUUUUGUUCCCGUGUUCAACAACUCCUAGAUCUUUCAAUUCUAUCAACAUCCCGUAUUCCCCUCUGUCGAAGUUGGUUACUGCCCAACAAGUGUUAAUCCACAACAUCUUCGUCUUUGAUGAUUAAAGAGAGGAAUUGGCUGACAAUCUUGCUGCAGUCAACUUUCAUCGUACUGGAGUCACCUGUUCCAAAGGAUUCUGUUCGAAGCGAGAACAACUACAGGGUAGAUUCAACGUUGUACAAGUAAUUGUUCGCAAUUUGCAGACCUUCACAAGUGUCAAGGAACAUUGGUGGAAGCAGCAUCAUUGACCGCACACUUCGUUUCCUGUUUGUCACUUUCUGAUCCAAGAUGGCCAUUCCCUUCUGUUCCCGUUCCAUCUUUGUACUUGUCGGCUUGCUGACAUCCAGUUUUCUAGAGGCAUCAUGGGUGGAUCCGGACACACCGAUGAACUCUCGAAGUACUGAAUCUCUGUAUAAGGAAGAUACAAGAAAGUAUGAGCUAGUAUUUUCUGAUGAAUUUGAACAGGAUGGCAGGGACAUGAAAGAUGGAAACGAUCCGAGAUGGACAGCCAUUAAUAAAAAUGAUUGUGAGUCGUGUCGUUACUUAGGGGAACAUCGAAGCAUCCAUUCCUAUUGACUAUCUUCUGGAGCAUUACGGAUUGCCUUUGUAGAGGAGGAUGGCGGAAUACUGGAAUGUUUCAACUUUAUUUUUCCUCCUUUAAUUUCUCACUUUGAAUCUAUCGAUUCUUUUUCAGAUACAAAUGCGGCGCUUCACUACUAUAGCAACGAAAAUGCGAAGACUGAAGACGGACUGCUCAAGAUAAAAACCGAGACGAAGGUGAACUCCUACCGAGCAUUUAAUGAAAAAACCAAAAAAUUCUACAACGAUAAAAAAUACAUUCAAAGCAGUAUGGUGCAGGGAUGGAACAAAUUUUGCUUCACCGGCGGAAUUGUUGAAUUCAGAGCCAAGCUUCCGGGAAGCCCCAGGAUCGGUGGUCUAUGGCCAGCAUGUAAGUUGUUUCUCGUUUUUUUCUUGAAUGAGCCUGUCAGUAGUUGUUUCGUAUGCCUUUCCAAAAAAGCGUUCAAUUUCUAUUUGUAGAGUCGUACUUACGCUUUUUCCAUACGGCAUGCAAAAAUAUCAGUGUGGAUGCUAGGAAACCUUGCUCGAGCAACGUACGUUGGUUCUUCCGAUUACAUGUGGCCUUACAGCUACAACAAAUGCGAUGCAUCAAAUCGUCUCAGCCAAGAAAUUAGUUCGUGCUCGAGGGUGCACCAUUACGGCAUGGAGGAUUACCGUGGUCGUGGAGCUCCUGAAAUCGAUGUAAUUGAAUCGAUGCAGGGCGACGCAGAGAAACUUCCAAGCACCAAUAUUACCAGACCUUAUCAGUCCGCCUCGUACCAAGUGGCUCCUGGUAUCGAGCGUGAUAGGCCGGUGCUUGGAUUGAAACCCAAACAAGGACACUGGUAUUCGGGCAUGGAAUACAACCACAACAACCUUACCAGAUCAGAACUUAACCCUUUCUUUUAUGGGGUGACUCUGGUUCACAAACUGAAAUCCUACACGUACCAAGCAGAUGCACUGUCGGCAAAUCGUGGUUUGAACACAUCUCACUACACCAAUCAACAUACUUACAGAGUAGAAUGGGAACCACCCGCUGAGGAUGGCUCCGGGGGCUAUAUACGGUGGUAUACCGAUGAUGUAUUCAUGUACGGCAUUUCAGGUUCGAACCUUCAAACCACUGGAAGUGAGAUACCAAGUGAAGCCAUGUAUUUGCUCAUGAAUACCGCUGUUGCGUCCAGUUGGGGAUUUCCCAUGCCAUGUCCCGACGGUUGCAGUUGUGAAUGCUACGAAUGCGGGAAUCCAGAAUGCGCUUGCGCGUUACCGACAGGAUACUGCGAAAACUUCCCGGCCACGUUCGAAAUCGACUAUGUUCGUGUGUUUCAGGCUGUGGGAGAAGAAAAGCACACACUUGGCUGUUCGCCAAAGAAUCGGCCAACCAGUCUUUUCAUUAAGGGACACCAGAAGAGAUAUAUGGAAACUGGAGAUACCGCACCGCUGCAGCCUGUCCAAAACGGUGGUGCCCCUUGCAGAGAAAAUAACGACUGUGGAUCGAAUGCGAACGGAUACUGUUCAUCGCGGGGAUUUUGCGUUUGCCAAAAACAAUUUACGGGACCGACUUGUAUGGCUCACAAUGGUUUCUAUAUUAAUGAGUCGGUGAGCGAAGAGGAGUUCAGUUUCGGAUGUAAGUCCAAUCGAAUCAUUUUGCAAUUUGCUUCUCUUCAAUCACUCACAACUAUUCUUCGUCUGUAGUGAAUAAUUUGUACAUGCCUACAAGCUUUAUCGCAUGGAUAGUUGGUCUUUUCAUCUUCCUGUUGUUUUCGGCCUAUCUUGCGAUGCGGGAGAGGGUCAAGAGUCGCCAUCGACGAUCUAGAGAGCAACCACCUCAUUCACCCGUCAACUAUCAGAAUUCAUCGGAUUAUGCCCUGCCACCAAAACAAAAGGUUGUGACGUAUUGUGUGGUUGAUGGCAGACUCAUCGACAAAUAAAUUUGUCGACGCACGAAACAUAUCCUCAUUUCUCCCUCUGUUUGAAUAGAAAGCAAGAGAUUUUGACUUCCAGACUUUCUCUAUUGGGCGGUCGGCUGUCACCCCAUUGAGGACUUACUACGAACUAAAUAGGCUGACGUUUUUAACAGGUGACGGGAGACAAUUGCAAUAAUAGGAUUCAAAUAUUUGCUCUCGGAUGACUUAAACACAUUUGAUUGAUACGCCGAAAAGCACACCCCGCUAGCACACAUCACACUCUAGAUUAUCACUUAAACUGGAUACGAAUUCAGCUCACACUAUUAAUUCAUUACUAACUCCAAUAGAAUCACGCUCUUGAU